AAAAAGGCGAAGUCUUUCACUUUGCGCGAUUCAUGUCUCUUCCGACAUCUUUUCGAUCGCUUUCUUCCUCUACUCGGACUGUGAUUACUCCACCAAUCGGAAUCACACCCUUUCUAAACUCAUACAACAGAUUCUACGGUCUAUCAUUCUCAACCUCGUCCUCUCUUACUUCGUCUUAUUCAAAUCUAGUUUUAUCAAUAAGGAGCAAGCAGUCUCUCUCUCAAAAGGUACAAGCUUUAUCUGCUGAAACAGAACAGCCAAAAUGGUGGGAGAAGAAAGCAGGGCCAAACAUGAUCGACAUUACCUCAACCGAACAGUUUCUGAACGCUUUGAAAGAUGCUGGAGAUAGAUUAGUCAUCGUUGAUUUUUACGGAACUUGGUGUGCUUCUUGCCGAGCUAUGUUCCCAAAGCUCUGCAAAACAGCGGAAGAACACCCUGAAAUCUUGUUCCUUAAAGUAAACUUUGACGAGAACAAGUCACUUUGCAAAAGCUUGAACGUCAAGGUGUUACCAUACUUCCACUUAUACCGUGGCUCUGAUGGCCAAGUUGAUUCCUUCUCCUGCUCUCUUGCCAAGUUCAAGAAACUCAGAGAUGCUAUAGAGAGACAUAAUGUAGGAAUUAGCAGUGACCAUGCUUCGGUUUCUGAGCAAGUUGAAGAUUCAACUUCAAGCCUAUAAUCAACCAAUGUCUGGAUCUGAUUGAAAAGUUUUAUUUAUUUGAUUGUUUCUAUGUAUAUAUAUGUUAACUGCCAUUUGCAUUUGUUGCAUCAUAACUUGUGUAGAUAAAAAAAAGUCAAAAGUCUAGUAAAUAAGAAACACUUUGUUUUACAAAUUCACUGGUAUCUGAAAGUGAGAACCAUUAUGUGAAUCUCAAAAGUUUGAACUAAGG